UCUUCGCCUUUCGCUCCUGCACUCUCACUCUCAAUUGAACUGCAAACUCUCAAAGCUUUGGAUUCUCUCAUUUAUUUUAAAAAAAAUUCUCUGCUGAUUUUCGUUCUUCUUUUUUUUUGUUAAAUUGAAAUCAGCAUUGCUUUGAUUCAGUUGGAAAUUUGAUGAUCCAAAAAGGAAUGUGUUUUGUUAUUGGAUUGAAGCUUUGAAGUCCGGAAAUCGAGUUAAGAUUCUUAGGGGAGCUAGCAGCUGGACGUCACUGGAAUGAGAGCUUUCUGAUUCAAAUUCAAAUAUUUAAAGGAAAAAAUCUGAAUUAUAAAACCGAGCUUUGAGUUAUAAUAUAAAUUAAAAACUCUUAGCAAGGACUUCAAAAUCAUUAAAGUAUUGUUCGUUGACACAAUGGCAAUCGGGAUACUAAGCACUCUUUUAGCAAAAUCAGAGACGAUUUUAGGGUCUGGUCACAGCUCAGUAGUUUCAAUGAAUUUAUUCGUUGCUCUUCUUUGCGGGUGUAUCGUGAUCGGUCAUUUGCUAGAGGAAAGCCGAUGGAUGAAUGAAUCCAUUACUGCCCUUGCCAUUGGGCUGUGCACUGGAAUUGUAAUUUUGCUUACAACAGGAGGAAAAAGCUCUCAUCUUUUAGUUUUCAGUGAAGAUUUGUUCUUUAAUUAUUUGCUUCCACCUAUUAUUUUCAAUGCAGGAUUCCAGGUGAAAAAGAAGCAAUUUUUCCGCAACUUUAUGACCAUAAUGCUGUUUGGUGCAGUUGGCACUUUAAUAUCCUUUGCCAUCAUAUCUCUAGGUGCCAUACAUUUUUUCAAGAAAAUGAGUAUUGGUAAUCUCAAGAUAGGGGAUUAUCUUGCCAUUGGGGCAAUAUUUUCAGCAACAGACUCUGUUUGCACUUUGCAAGUGCUUAAUCAGGACGAUACGCCUUUAUUGUAUAGUCUGGUUUUCGGGGAGGGAGUUGUGAAUGAUGCCACAGCGGUUGUUCUUUUCAAAGCAAUCCAAAGCUUUGACCUUCCUCACAUCAACACCACCAUUGCUUUGCAAUUUGUUGGGAACUUUUUAUAUUUAUUCAUCUCGAGUACAUUGCUUGGGGUUUUGGCUGGAUUGCUUAGUGCUUACAUUAUUAAAAAGCUCUAUUUCGGAAGGCACUCAACGGAUCGCGAGGUUGCUCUCAUGAUACUCAUGGCUUACCUUUCAUAUAUGCUGGCUGAAUUUUUCUAUUUAAGUGCGAUCCUCACUGUGUUCUUUUGUGGGAUUGUUAUGUCUCAUUAUACAUGGCAUAAUGUUACCGAAAGUUCAAGAGUGACAACCAAGCAUGCUUUUGCCACACUAUCAUUUGUUGCUGAGAUUUUCAUCUUCCUCUAUGUUGGUAUGGAUGCUUUGGACAUUGAGAAAUGGAGAGUAGUUAGUGAUAGCCCUGGGAAAUCAGUUGGGGUGAGCGCAAUUCUAUUAGGCUUGAUUCUUGUUGGGAGAGCAGCCUUUGUUUUCCCUUUAUCUUCCAUUUCCAACUUGACUAAGAAAGCUCCAUGUGACAAAAUUGAUUUCAAACAGCAAGUUACCAUUUGGUGGGCCGGUCUUAUGCGUGGUGCAGUUUCAAUGGCACUUGCUUAUAAUCAGUUUACCAGCUUGGGCCAUACUCAGUUGCGAGGGAAUGCAAUGAUGAUAACCAGCACAAUCACAGUUGUACUUUUCAGCACUGUGGUUUUUGGCUUGAUGACUAAACCAUUGAUUAGAAUCUUGCUUCCUUCACCGAAAAAUCGAAUGCUCUCUUCCGAACCGUCUACACCUAAGUCACUCACCGUGCCGCUUCUCACCAAUGGCCACGACUUAGAGGCUUACGAAAGCGACCGAAAUCUAAUAACCCGGCCAACAAGCUUAAGGAUGUUCUUGAGCACUCCUUCCAACACCGUGCACUACUAUUGGAGAAAAUUCGACAACGCGUUCAUGCGACCUGUAUUCGGAGGAAGGGGUUUCGUACCCUUCGUUCCGGGAUCGCCCAUCGAACAAAAUGAUCAACAAUGGCAGUGAAUAAUGAAGAGAUCACAGAUACCAGGUACUAAAAUACUACACUAAUUUUUAUAAACUUGUAGGAUAGUGGAAUGAAAACCGGCUUUUCAGUGUGAAGUUUGCUAAUAUAUACGUGAGAGUUAUGUUAUUUGGACUCGGGUUUGGGUUUUAAAUAUGGGUAUAUGUCUGACUUGGAUAUAUUCAUAAAAAAAAUUAAAACAAAAUAGAAGGACACAAAAGUGAGAGUUUGGCCGGUUGAUUUGAUUUUAACAAUUUUUUUCCAGCGUUUGCUGUUUAAUGUUUGAUUGUAUCUUACAUUGAAUGCUGUUUUGGAGUUUUUUUUUUUUCUUUUUUUGUGAGGGUUUUUUUUGUAAAAGGUUUAAUUUUAUUGAUUGUAUAUCUUUUAUUAAAAGUACCCCUUCCUUUAUUUAUA